GUCAAAUUUUUUAAGAAAAACUACUGCAAGCGCAAAAUUUAAAAAAGCCCAAGAAUCCGAAAACCCGCUUAGCUUGUUACAGGAAAUGCCAACUAGGUGGAACAGCUUUUACUUUAUGAUAGAGCGCAUAAUAAAAACAAACAAAGCGAUUUCAAAAGUGUUAUUGGCCACAGCAAAUGCAUCUCUGCCAUUUACAGUCAAUGAAAUAAUUAUAUUAGAGGACAUAUGCAACCUAUUGGCACUAUUUCAAGAUGUGACAGAGCAAAUUUCCGGCGGCAAGUACAUCACGAUUUCUUUAAUAAUACCAAUAGUUUACGGAUUAUACCGCAAAGUUCGCCAACUGACUAUUGUUAAAUACGACCGAAGGGAAAGCGCUGCAAGAAUGUUUGUUGGAUUCAAUAACAAAAAGGCUUUUUUAAAUAUGAAGAAAGAAGCAUUACCAGAAUUGGAACUAUUUUGGAUCCGAGGUUAAAAAAAAUCGGAUUCUGCAAUGAUUACAACGCUGAGCAAGCAUCCGUUCUUUUAGAAAGUGAGCUUGUCAUUGCAUCUCAGCAAAUCUCGAAACCCAUUGUGGAAUUGGAACCUACAACUUCAAAAGAAAAAAAAAACAUUUUUUGAUUUUGUUGAAAUGAAAGCAAAUGAAAAACCAACCACCAGCCGAAGUGAUGCAAUAAUCGUAAAACGGGAAUAUCUAGAAAGAGGUGUAGCAUCCCAGGAUACAGAUCCUCUGAUCUGGAUACAAAUGAACGAAACGGAUCUGGAACUUAUAAAAACCGUAAUGUUUAAAUUUUUGUGCGUACCCGCCACAUCAGUGGAGUCCGAGCACAUGUUUAGCAAGGCCGGACAAAUAGUCUCCAAACGCCGAACUCGACUGAAAGAGGAAAACAUUAACAUGUUAUCGUUUCUCAAUAAGAACAAAUGGCUCUACGAAGAAGCUAAAUGAAAAUGUUUAUUAAUUGAAUGAAAUGGUUUAUUAAUUUGUAUAACACAAAAGCAACAAAUGAAAUGUAUUUUUUAUUUUUAAGAGUUAAG